AUGCCCAGAGGGAAAUGCGCCAUUGGGAUGAGCUCCCCGACUCCUAGUGGCUUUGUGUGGCAGAGCCAAUGGCACCCGGUUUUCUGCACCACAUCCAGGCUCAACACCUUGGAUCAGAUUAACACUUGCUUGAACAGAAAGCUGAUUUACUUCAUGGGAGACUCGACGGUGCGCCAAUGGAUGGAGUAUCUCACCAAGAGAGUGACAACCCUAAAGCGCUUUGACAUGAAUGGCUAUGGGAAGCUCCAGAACUUGUUCGCUGUGGACAUGGCCAGAAACAUUCAGAUCCGAUGGAAAAAGCACGGCCAUCCCAUCAUCACUGUCUAUGAUUACACAGUGAAAGAUCACAGGUACAUCCCUCAGGACCUUGACAUGGUGGCAGGCGACCGAGACACGGCUGUUGUCAUUUCUCUGGGCCAGCACUUCCGCCCCUUCCCCAUGGAGCUUUUCCUUCGACGGAUGCUAAACGUUCGAGCAGCCGUCCAGCGCCUCCUCCUGAGGAGCCCGGACACAAAGGUCAUUAUUAAAGCAGAGAACAUCCGGGAGAUGAAUGCAGACCCAGAGCGAUUCGGUGACAUCCAUGGCUACACCCAAUACCUGGCCCUGAGGGACAUUUUUCGGGAUCUCCGAGUGGGUUUUAUUGACGCCUGGGACAUGAGUAUUGCCUAUGCCGUAAACAGUGUCCACCCAGCAGAGGAAGUGGUUGGGAACCAAAUUAAUAUGUUUUUUACUUACAUCUGUUAA